AUGGCCCCCCUUCGCAUCCUGAUAUCCGGCGCUGGAAUCGCCGGCCCAGCAUUUGCUUUCUGGGCGACACGCCUUGGCCAUUCAUGCACAAUAGUGGAGCGAUCGCCGACGCUUCGCAACACCGGUCAGCAGAUCGAUAUUCGCAGUCACGCGGUUGAAGUUAUCAAGCUCAUGGGUUUACUUCAAGAUGUUCGCGACUUGACGUCCAUGAACUGGGA